ACGCGCAUCCGAUUCAAGUAGUAAAUGCUAACUUAACCUCACUCGUCUUUCGUUUCUAUCAGCCUCUUACCAAAGUAACAGAAGAAAAAGUUAUGCCUGGUUAUGCCAGCAUUUCAUGAGGCGCUGAUUGUUGUGAUCAGCAUCUGCAUUUAGAUGCAAGUAAUGUAACUCCAUUGGGGGGUUGAUUAGAAUUCUUAAAACAAGUAUUGAAAGAAGUAAGAUGUCAUUGUCUUACAGUUACAUGCCGGAUUAUUUUUCUUUGACGGAUAUUCUAUGUACAGAAGAACGAAUAUCGUGCAAGGUGGAAGUCACACUACCUCGCUUGGGUUUUAUAGAUCUUUCUUCCGAGUCAGAGGAUCUAAAUCUUGGUACAAAGUUGGAACUCCCACUGUGGCUGGCACAACCAUUAAAUAAAACGAGAACACCGUAUGUUAGUGUAGAUACACCCAAAACAUAUAAGGAGGGCUACAGGGAAAUUUUAUUAGCAGACGCUUGUACAGUUGAACUGAAUAAAUGGAAUCCAUAUUAUUACGAACUGGGAAUGUAUUUGAGGAGGUUCAACAAUAACGAUAGUGAAAUGAUCACUGAUAGUUUGCUAUUAACCUUUAGAACGCGAUUUAGACAGGUCAUGGAUUGGGUGCAAAGCCCCGACCCUCUGCUUAAUAGUUUACUCCCGAGAUUAGAAAGAGACUUGUUUCUAACAGGCAGAAAAGCCGAGUUGCAAUUGAAUGAAUGGUUACGAAAAGGUUCGAGCGUUAUUGAAACUUCACAGAGCGCUGUGAAUCUUAUGAAGCGAAAACGAACAGAUUAUGAACUGAAUUAAAACGGGUGCACUGUGUGCAUUUAUAUGUGAUAAAAUCAAAAUAUUAAGUACAAUAAUAUGUUUACGCAAUGUAAUUUUUUAUACGAUUGGUACAAUAAACGCGAAUUUAUAAUAUUAAA